AUGGGAGAAGAGGCAGAUACGCAAGCCUGGGAUGCAGCCGUCAAGGAGUACCUGGUGGACACUGGGAAAAUUGCCGCCGGCGGCGUUGCUAGCAUUGCUGAUGGGUGCCGGAUGUUCGGUGCCGCCAUUGACAAUGGCGACCCCUGGACGCAGUUGGUGAAGAGCGGCUAUCAGAUCGACGUUCUUCAAGAGGACGGGUCCACCACGACGUGCGAUUGCGACGAGGCGGAAACUAUGCGACAGGCGAUUGUUGAUGGACGCGCACCCAAUGGGGUGUACAUUGGGGGCGUCUGCUACAAGUUGGCGGAUGUGAAACGCGAGUUCACCUACAACGAUCAGAACUACGACAUCGCGAUCCUCGGAAAGCAGAAGGGCGGUGGCUUCCUGAUCAAGACUCCCAAUGACAGCGUUGCCAUUGCUCUCUAUGAUGAGGAGAAGGGGCAGAACAAGGUCGAGGCGUUGAACACAACGCUCGCUUUUGCCGAGUAUCUAUUCCAGGGCGGCUACUAG